AAUAUACCGAACAUUAAAGACCCGGUUAUAAACAAAGUAAUAAGUUUUUCUUAUUUAAUAAUAAAUGUCAUUUAUGGAUAAAUAGAUACAAUAAAUAAAGCUUUGUUUACUGAAGUAUGCCUAAGGACUAACCUUUCUCAAAAACAAUUUUUUAUGAAAAUGACAAUUGCAAUGACAACGAAAAGAAUAAUUCAAAAACCUAUGUUGUUGUAUGGUUCCAAAUUUUUUUUAUCCUGGAAUACAAACCUUUUUAGGUGUUAUUGCCGUGUGAAGAUAUGUGAUAAACUGGUCAAAUCACAACAAAGUAUUCAAAAAAGAAAUUUUUUUGGUUUUUCAGAAGGUUCGAGGACAAAGGAAUAUUCAGAAACAAAGGUUUUAGGGUAUACAAAAGAACAAUUGUUUGAUGUUGUAGCCAAUGUUGAUGAUUAUAAGUACUUUGUGCCGUGGUGUCGUGCUUCUAAAGUUUUUGAGAAAACUGAUACACAUGCAAGAGCAGAUAUUGAAGUUGGAUUUCCACCCGUUUCUGAGAAAUAUACAUCUGUUUUGACAUUGGUUAAGCCAAAUUUAGUUAAGUCGGAAUGUAUGGAUGGAGUUCUUUUUAAUCAUUUAAUUUGUAAUUGGAAAAUAUCAAAUGGACCAUCAGACAUUCCAAAUUCUUGCACAUUAAAUUUUUAUAUAUCAUUUGAAUUCAAGUCUUUGCUACAUUCACAUCUAUCCACAGUUUUCUUUGAUGAAGUUGUUCGCAAGAUGAUGUAUGCAUUUGAAAACCGUUGUGCUAGUGUUUAUGGACCGAGUAGUUUUGAUAGGUUGACUAUGAAUAAUAGAAAAAAGAAGAAAGUUGUUUUACAUAUUCCAAAUAAAAAGAUUUGGCUUCCGGAGGGAAAGAGUUAAAUUGACAUUUAUUCAAAGAAUCAGAGACAGACAGAAGAAGUAUCUAGUACUCGUUAACCAAACGCAAGCGAAUGAAUGUGAAAUAACUGAUUGAAUAUGCGGGCGAUCGAAUGAACAUGAAGAACAGCGAACGGAUAAUAUACAAUUUUGUUUGUUGUGUUUAUAAUCUAAAAAGAAAAUAUUUACUUUAUUUGGAAAACGUAACUCAAGUUGUUAAUUAUCUCUCAUUUUAUUAUUAUAAACACAGACGAGAGACAAGAAGCAGGAGUCACUAUUUAAUAACAUUACAACACUACAUGUUGCCUUUGCCUAAAGCCUGCGAGUGAUACGCUAAUUUGCCUUGCAGUUUAUGCUCAAUUACUGGAAAUGGAAAAUUUCUCAUCGUUAUAUAUAAUUUUUAUAAUUAUUAUAAAAUUAUAAUUUUAGUUAAA